AUGUUUGAGGGUGAUAGUUUAUCUGCAGUGAAAUAUCCCUUUAAUUUCUAUGUGCAGCGCCUGGUUCAUCUUGUUCUUGCCCGUAAAGCUGAGAACGUAAAAGAGAUACACAAUGCAGAGCAAAAUAGUCUGAAUUUGGACUUCAGGAACAUGAGUGAUCACGGUGCACCGAUACUGUACUGUGCCACCGCAAAUCGAGAUGCUGAAAUAGACCGACCGCUCAUCAUGGCAGGGUGCCAUAUCUUCACUCUUAGGCGAGAUUGUGAUAAUCGGGAAAUCCCAGUAAUGUUUUCGGCCCUUGCGCCUGAUAUGAGUCCAAUGCCUGAUAAUCUGAGUGGCCAGAGGGAGUUACACCGAAGGCUACUUUACAAGGGCAGCACGAUUCUAGAAGUUACCCUCGGGAAGCAAAUUCCACAAAGUGAUUUUGAAAUUAUUUUACAACGAGGAGGUCCACCACUCCUCGCAUCCAGAGUCUUGUCAAGCACGUUGGAACAAGAAAUGGGAAUUCAGCGAGCUUGCUCACUCCUGUUCUGUGAUGACAGUACCAAAUGA